AUGAAAAUUCUUCAGUUUUUAGCUCCCAAUUCAGCUAAACCAACCAUUAUCAAUCAAAAGCAACAAUCUUACGGUGCAAUCUCACAAACCCAGAUAGUGUUGCAUCGUAGCAACAGACAAAGACUCUCCAUAAACUGCUCAAACAGUGGCAACACCAAUCACAAAGCCAGUACAAGUAGUGGUGAGAGCGUUGCUAAAACAUCAGAAAAAGAUGUGUUGAAGGCAUUGUCUCAGAUCAUUGAUCCUGAUUUCGGAACAGAUAUAGUUUCAUGUGGUUUUGUGAAAGAUUUAAGAAUUGAUAAAGCUCUGGGAGAGGUUUCUCUCCGUUUGGAGCUGACAACACCGGCAUGUCCAGUCAAGGAUAUGUUUGAGCAAAAGGCAAAUGAGGUAGUUGCAGUGAUUCCAUGGGUGAAGAAGGUCAACGUCAAAAUGUCAGCACAACCAGCCAAGCCCAUAUUUGCAGGGCAGCUUCCCCCUGGAUUAUCAAGAAUCUCAAGCAUUGUGGCUGUCUCAAGUUGCAAGGGAGGUGUUGGCAAAUCAACAGUAGCUGUAAAUCUUGCUUAUACAUUGGCUGGUAUGGGUGCCAGAGUUGGCAUCUUUGAUGCUGAUGUCUAUGGUCCAAGUUUACCAACUAUGGUCAAUCCUGAGAGCCGUAUUCUGGAAAUGAACCCGGAGAAGAAGACUAUCAUUCCAACAGAAUACUUGGGGGUCAAACUAGUCUCAUUUGGAUUUGCAGGGCAAGGGCGUGCCAUAAUGAGAGGUCCGAUGGUGUCUGGUGUCAUAAAUCAACUCCUCACAACAACUGAAUGGGGAGAGCUGGAUUAUCUUGUUAUCGACAUGCCUCCUGGAACCGGUGACAUUCAACUGACCUUAUGCCAGGUUGCGCCAUUAACAGCAGCGGUAAUUGUGACCACCCCUCAAAAGUUGGCCUUUAUCGAUGUCGCCAAGGGUGUACGGAUGUUCUCAAAGCUAAAGGUGCCAUGUGUUGCUGUUGUGGAGAAUAUGUGCCACUUUGACGCUGACGGAAAACGUUAUUACCCUUUUGGGAAAGGUUCAGGUUCCCAGGUUGUCCAGCAAUUCGGAAUACCUCACCUCUUUGACCUCCCCAUUAGACCAACGUUAUCUGCUUCGGGGGAUAGCGGAACUCCUGAAGUGGUGUCAGAUCCUCUAAGUGAUGUUGCAAGAACGUUCCAGGACCUCGGGGUCUGUGUAGUACAACAGUGCGCCAAGAUACGCCAGCAAGUUUCCACAGCUGUGACAUACGACAAAUAUCUUAAGGCGAUUAGAGUGAAGGUGCCAAACUCAGAUGAAGAGUUCUUACUGCACCCUGCAACUGUCAGAAGAAAUGAUCGAUCUGCACAAAGCGUGGACGAAUGGACUGGUGAACAAAAGGUUCAGUUUGGGGAUGUAGCAGAAGAUAUCGAGCCUGAGGAAAUACGGCCAAUGGGAAACUACGCCGUCUCAAUAACCUGGCCGGAUGGGUUUAGCCAGAUUGCUCCAUAUGACCAGCUGGAAACAAUUGAAAGGCUAGUAGAUGUUCCUCCAUUGUCUCCAGUUGAAGUCUAUACUUGA